CAGAGCCACUUUGUGCUCUGGGCCUGGGCUCCAUUCCAUGGUGGGUGGUGUGGGGCAGAGAAGGUGAGGGAGGGCCUCGCAGUCCAUCCUCGGUGGCCUCUGCUUUAGGUGGUCUUCACAGGCAGGUGACGAAUGUGAGGUCUGGUCAGCACCUGUGUGGUGCUGGGGAACCCCCAACUUUCCUGGGCAUGAGUUGCCUGUCUUGCAGCGGGGUGGCGACGUGUCCUCAGAGGGGGCCACGGGUGCUCUGCGUGGGGGACUGGUGGCCUGGGAGCUUGGUGGCAAGUGCAGGGCAGGCCUAGCAGGAGGUCUGGACUGGGAGCCGUAGGCCUUUGUAGAGGCCUGGUUGAGUCCACGUGCAUAGUGGGCUCAGACCCCCAGGCACCCAGGGAGUGCUCCCGGUGAAGUGCUCCUGGUCGGGGAGUGGGACGCAGCCUUGUCCUCCUCCCCACUGAGUCAGUUACCCUGUCCUGGUUCCUUUGGGCCCCAGUCAGCGGCUCUUCUGGGAGGGCCCCCUCCCCCGCUUUUCCUCUUCCUUGUCCCGGGCCCUGGGUGGGUGGGGGGGGGGGUUGGGUGUGUUUGUGUGUGUGUAUGUAGAAUCCAGGCAACAGCCACAGCCUGGAGACAUCUCAGACUUCCCUCUGCCGCCGCCCCACGCCCUGCACGUGGCAUGGUGAUUUGCUGGGCUGGCCAGCAGCCCCAUGCUGGCGACCAUGGGGCAUUUGAAUUUGUUCAGAUACAGAUUGAAGCGAGUCUGAUGCCAGAGGCUCCAGGAUGAGCACUGCUCCCACCCGUACUCUCAGGGUCCCUGCCCAGAUUUGGGACCGUGGACACAGGCCCUGGACGGGGACAGGAUCGCAGGGGCUCUGCACAGCCUCAGGGCUCUUCUUUGCAGGCCACGUGUGUGCACCCCCAGCCCCCCACCUCCCCCCCCCCCCCCCCGGCCCCCGGACUUCCCCCGCGACUGGGGGCGGAGGGCUGGUCAGGGCCAUUGGCCUCAGGUGUGCACUACCCUCUGAACUAGAGGGUGGCCCUGUCAGGCUGCCAUGGUCAUCCAGCAAUAGGUGGCUGAGGUGGAGGGAGUGGGGCGUGGCGGGGCAGAGCCGGCAGAGGCGGGUGUGUGACAGGCCCCGCCCCCAGGGCGCCAUGUUUUGGAAGUUUGACCUGCACACGAGCUCACACCUCGACGCGCUGCUGGAGCGGGAGGACCUAAGCCUGCCCGAGCUACUGGAUGAAGAGGACGUGCUGCAGGAGUGCAAGGUCGUCAACCGCAAGCUGCUGGACUUCUUGCUGCAGCCGCCGCACCUGCAGGCCAUGGUGGCCUGGGUCACCCAGGAGCCGCCCGCCAGCGGGGAGGAGCGGCUACGCUACAAGUACCCGAGCGUGGCCUGCGAGAUCCUGACCUCAGACGUGCCCCAGAUCAACGACGCGCUGGGUGCCGACGAGUCCCUCCUGAACCGGCUCUACGGCUUCCUGCAGAGCAGCGGCAGCCUCAACCCACUGCUCGCCAGCUUCUUCAGCAAGGUCAUGGGCAUCCUUAUCAACCGCAAGACAGACCAGCUCGUGUCCUUCCUGCGGAAGAAGGACGACUUCGUGGACCUGCUGCUGCAGCACAUCGGCACCUCGGCCAUCAUGGACCUCCUGCUGCGUCUCCUCACCUGCGUGGAGCGGCCACAGCUGAGGCAGGACGUGGUCAACUGGCUCAAUGAGGAGAAGAUCGUGCAACGGCUCAUUGAUCAGAUCCACCCGUCAAAGGACGACAAUCAACAUUCCAAUGCGUCCCAGUCCCUGUGCGACAUCAUCCGCCUGAGCCGGGAGCAGAUGAUCCAGGUCCAGGACAGCCCAGAGCCUGAUCAGCUGUUGGCCACCCUGGAGAAGCAGGAGACGAUCGAGCAGCUCCUAAGCAACAUGCUGGAGGGAGAGCAGAGCCAGUCUGUCAUCGUGAGCGGGAUCCAGGUGCUGCUGACCCUGCUGGAGCCCAGAAGGCCAAGGUCUGAGUCUGUGACCGUGAACAACUUCUUUAGCAGUGUGGACGGGCAGCUGGAGCUCCUGGCCCAGGCGACCCUGGACAGCACCGCGGCCAGUGUAGGCGCCCUGCACGCCCUGCGCCCACGCCUUGGCCGUUUCCACCAGCUCCUGCUUGAGCCCCCCGAGCUGGAGCCGCUGCGUACUACAUGGGGCAGCCUGGCCCCACCACUGGGCAACACCCGGCUGCACGUGGUCAAGCUGCUGGCCAGCGCCCUGAGCGCCAACGAUGCAGCCCUGACCCAGGAGCUCCUGGCACUGGAUGUGCCCAACACCAUGCUGGACCUCUUCUUCCACUACGUGUUCAACAACUUCCUGCAUGCUCAAGUGGAGUCGUGUGUGAGUGCCAUGCUGAGCGCUGGGCCUCCUUCCGACAGUGGCCUCGAGACACCUGCUCCAAACCCCGUCGUGAAACAUCUGCUGCAGCAGUGCCGCCUGGUAGAGCGCAUCCUGACCUCCUGGGAGGAGAACGACCUCGUGCAGUCUGCAGGGGGCCCUCGCAAGGGCUACAUGGGCCACUUGACAAGACUGGCCAACGCCCUGGUGCAGAACGCGGAGAAGGGGCCCAACGCUGAGCAGCUGGGGCAGCUGCUGAAGGACCUGCCCAGUGAGCAGCAGGAGCAGUGGGAGGCCUUCGUGUCCGGACCCCUGGCAGAAACUAACAGGAAGAACACAGUGGACCUGGUGAGCACCCACCACCUGCACUCCUCCAGCGACGAUGAGGACGACCGGCUCAAGGAGUUCAGCUUCCCGGAGGAGGCGGUGCUGCAGCAGGCCUUCAUGGACUUCCAGAUGCAGCGCAUGACCUCUGCCUUCAUCGACCACUUUGGCUUCAACGACGAGGAGUUUGGGGAGCAGGAAGAGAGUGUGAACGCACCAUUCGACAAGACCGCCAACAUCACCUUCUCCCUCAACGCCGACGACGAGAACCCCAAUGCCAGCCUGCUGGAGAUCUGCUACAAGGACCGAAUCCAGCAGUUUGAUGACGAGGAGGACGAGGACGAGGAGGAGGGCCAGGGCUCCGGGGAAUCUGAUGAGGAGGAUGGUGCCUGGCAGGGCCGCCAGCUGGCCAGGGGAGCCCGUCUGGGCCAGCCCCCGGGUGUGCGGAGUGGAGGCAGCACAGACAGUGAGGAUGAGGACGACGAGGAGGACGAGGAUGAUGGUGACAGCCGAGCAGCCGGUGGGAGGACCGGGCCCCCCUGUCACCCCGGCCCUGGCCCCCAGCCUCCAGGCCCCAGCUGGCCAGCCACCUUUGACCCAGUGCCUACAGACACCCCGACCGGCUCCCGAGACCCUGGGGAGAAGGAGCCGAGCUCUGGUCUCCUUGCCCCACAGGGGCCCCUCGGCGCUCCCCGGGACCUCUCCGCCCUGCAGCUCAGGUCUCAGGACCCCGCGUCCCCCUCAGCACCUCAGGAAGCCACAGACGGCAGCACAGUAGCGGAGCCCUCGGCCCCCUGCCAGGCCUUGGUCAGCUUCGGGGACCUCCAGGCCACCCUCAGAGGGACACGCUCCACUCCCAGCUCCUUGAACAGUGCAACCAGAGACCCUGCUACCUCCGUCCCAGCCCCCGCGGCCUGCCAGCACCCCCAGACCACAGAGGGGGAGAAGAGCCCAGAGCCCUCAGGGCUCCCCCAAAGCCAGAGUGCCCAGGCCCUUACACCACCUCCGAUGUCCAGCGGCUCUGCCCCGGGAGGGCCAGCAUCCCUGGGCUCCCAGUGAGUGGUAACUGCCUGGUCCUGGUGGUGGCGGCUGAAUUCUCCAUACUCCACGUGGACCCGGCCCAAGUGGGGGCAGGGCGGGUCCCACGAUGGCCCUGUUGCCCCAUCACCCCCUCCCCACCAUCUGCCCCCACGUUCUCUCCUCUGGACUCCCAGGAGCCUGGUGCCAGGGAGACAGGCCCCUACCCACCCCCAUUUGCACUGAGAAAAGAAAUUAUGGAGUUUUGUCUCCUAGAAUAAAGAUACAGAGUCGAGUAGAGAGAAAGGAGAGAGAGAGAGACCUAUAUUAUAUAUUAUAUAGAGAGAGUGGGUGGGUGGAGAGCCAGGAGGAGGCCAGGCGGGCGGGACAGCGGGUUGGACCUUCAUCCCAUCCUGAGGACAUUGCCCCACCACCACCACGCCCCCAGCCUCCGGUGCAGAUGCCCACACCCACACUCGGCUCAGGUCCGCCUCGGGGGAGGGCCCGAGUGGGGGCCGUGCCUUUGCCCAGACCCUUGCCCUGGACCCUGCACUUUGACCCGGGCUGGGGGCUAGAGGACCCCUGCCCGGCCCUGCUGCCUCUGUAGGAGCUGGCAGUCCCCAUCCGAGGGGGUCUCUUUGGGGACAUUCCUGUGGGGCCCUGAUGCACUCACUGAGACUUCCGCACCUCCCAUGGACCCCGGGGCGGGGGGUCGGCAGGGGUCUGGCUGGGGUCCCCUUCCCAUGCCCGAGGGUCUGGGGUCCAGCCCAGCUGCCAAGUGACCUUGUCCCAGCUCCCCCUCCCCAGGCUGGCGUGAGUGUGCGUGUGUUCGUGCCCAGCUUCUAUUUCAUAUUGCAAAUAUAAAUAAAUAAAUACAGUUUAAGAUUCCCA